CUCAGCUGUUCACCGGGGACCAUCGACUACGGAAAACCAUUGGCUGAACUCUACUACACAAGGAGGCCGCCUUAGAUGGGUCAAUACCCUCGUCGCCUGACUUACUAUCUGACGAUAGCGAGCUGCGCAAUCAACUUUCUGGUGGCCCUCAUCUGGAAUUAUCGCGGUAUCGAAAGGGAUAUCCCAUACUCCUAUAUAGGCCAUGACUACCCGGAAACCCUCCCCCUUCCAUUCGGCGAACUCGACAACGUCCUGCUGACGGUGGAAGAAAGCGUUCGCUACGGCCUCGCAGGGGAGGGCACCGACGCCCAAUGGGAGGCCCUGUCGCCCAAAGGCGGCGGAUUCAUCAACCUCGGACCCAACAACCGCCUCUUCCUCGUCUCCAUGUUCCACCAAGUCCACUGUCUGCGCUUCUUCAACUGGGCGUUCGACCCUAAAUUCGAGGGCCUCUACAAGCUCUUUGCGAGUAAAGGGCAUAAUGCUCAUUGCUUGAAUUAUCUCAGGCAGAGGGCGCUGUGCUCUGCGGAUCUGACGCUAGAGAAGGGGGAUUUUGUGGAGAGGAAUUUUACGGUGGACCGUGUGGGUGCUACGCAUACGUGCAAGGAUUGGGGUACUGUUUACAGGAUUAUGGAGGAGAAUGUUGCUUCGAAGGGUCUCUUACCCGCUGAGCACGCCUGAGGCAGGAUAGUUCAUCUCAGAUUUGUAUUGCAUUUCUUC